CGGAACCGUUACACUUUUGCUUUUGGACGUGCGGCCUUCUGCUAUUUUCAUAUAAAACCUGCAGCUAUGGCGGGCACCCAGAUGAGGUCGUUUGUUGGCAGCCAGGCCAAGGCGACGGCGCCUCGUGGCACCGUCCGUGGCAGGCGCAGUGUGGUGGUGCAGGCCGCCAAGGAGCUGCACUUCAACAAGAACAUGGAGGCGCUGAAGCGCAUGCAGGCGGGUGUGGACAAGCUGGCCACCGUGGUGGGGGUCACCAUUGGACCCAAGGGUCGCAACGUGGUGCUGGAGUCCAAGUUCGGGUCGCCCAAGAUCGUGAACGACGGCGUCACCAUCGCUCGCGAGGUGGAGCUGGAGGACCCGGUGGAGAACAUCGGAGCCAAGCUGGUACGGCAGGCGGCUGCUCGUACCAACGACACGGCGGGUGACGGCACCACCACCGCCACCGUGCUGAGUGCGGCGUUCAUUGCGGAGGGCAUGAAGGUGGUGGCGGCGGGAACCAACCCCGUGCAGCUGACCCGCGGCAUGGAGAAGACGGUGUCAGCGCUGGUGUCGGAGCUGCGGUCCGCCUCCAGCCAGGUGCACAGCGACAAGGACCUGGCCAACGUGGCGGCUGUGAGUGCGGGUAACAAUCCGGAGAUCGGCAAGCUGAUUGCGGAUGCCAUGGCCAAGGUGGGCCGGCAGGGCGUGGUGACCAUGGAGGAGUCCAAGACCGCGGAGGACUCCCUGGUGUUCGUGGAGGGCAUGCAGUUCGACCGGGGCUACUACUCGCCGUACUUUGUGACGGACCCGGAGCGCAUGCUGUCCGAGUACGAGAACUGCCGCGUGCUGCUGGUUGACAAGAAGAUCAGCACCGCUCGCGACAUCAUCGGCAUCCUGGAGGCCGCCAUCCGCGGCAACUACCCGCUGCUGAUCAUGGCGGAGGAUGUGGAGCAGGAGGCGCUGGCAACACUGGUGGUCAACAAGCUGAGGGGCACGUUGAAGGUUGUCGCCGUGAAGGCCCCCGGGUUCGGCGAGCGCAAGAGCAGCUACCUAGAGGACAUCGCCAUCCUGACUGGCGGCACGGUGGUGAAGGAGGAGCUGGGUAUCAGCCUGGACAAGGUUGGAGAGGAGGUGCUGGGGCUGGCGGCGAAGGUCUCCAUUUCCAAGGAGCACUGCACCAUUGUGGGUGACGGCCGCACGCAGCGCGAGGUGGAGGCCCGCGUGAAGCAGAUCCGCAACCUGGCCGCGGACACGGAGCAGGAGUACGAGCGGGAGAAGCUGAACGAGCGCAUCGCGCGGUUGAGCGGCGGCGUGGCGAUCAUUCAGGUUGGUGCCCAGACGGAGACGGAGCUGAAGGAGAAGAAGCUGCGUGUGGAGGACGCGCUGAACGCCACCAAGGCGGCGGUGGAGGAGGGGGUGGUGAUCGGCGGCGGCUGCACGCUGCUGCGACUCAUCCAGAAGGUGGACGCCAUUCGGGACAGCCUGGCCAACGAGGAGCAGAAGAUGGGUGCUGACAUCAUCAAGCGCGCGCUCUCCUACCCCAUCAAGCUCAUCGCCAACAACGCGGGAGUGAACGGCAGUGUGGUCAUGCAACGUGUGAUGGACAACAUCGAGCAGCCGUACUUUGGCUACAACGCCGCCACGGACAAGUACGAGGACCUGAUGGAGGCGGGCAUCAUCGACCCGACCAAGGUGGUCAGGUGCUCACUUGAGAACGCGGUGUCGGUGGCCAAGACCUUCCUGCUGGCGGACGUGGUGGUGACGGAGAUCCCCGAGAGGGCAGCGGCGCCGGCGGGGCCCGCGGGAGGUGACUACGACUACUAAGACAACACCCGCAGCCGCAGCCGCAGGGGCAGGGGGGGCAGCAGAGUAGAUUGCUUUGAAGCCUACUCUGCUCCAAAGUAGUCUGCUCUUUACUACUGCGCUGGAUGUAUAGCUUCGUUUAGCCUGAGGAGCGGAAUGCUUAGGCCAUCCUCUGCCGUGUUCUUGAGAAGCGGCGGGGGCGUUGUUCUGUAGCGUGGGUGGCUUUUGAGGUGGCUUGCGAGGCGGCUGCCUAGGGCGGCGGUGGGCGGCGAUUGUUGGCCUAACUGGCUGGUGCGUAGCGGUCAGGGGCCAUUACUGUUGGAGGAUAGGGUAUAGGGUUUUUGUGGUUUGUAGGAGCUCGCUGUCUCAGGGUAUAGGAGCAGGGAGAGCGCCUGCCCACGCAUGCGGCACGCGACGCGCAAUUUUGGGACCGGGGGCGCCUGCAUGCGUGCAUGCAUGCAGAGCGCACUUGGGAUGAGCGCGCGCGUGCGGUGUAGCGUGUAGGUAUUUGCGUUGGAUGGGGUAUGGGGAUGCGGUUGCAUGCAGGUUGCAAAAGGAGGUGAGGUGAGGUGAGGUGGCUUUGUUGUACGGCAUGGAGUCAGGGUGCUGGGUGGUGGGCGGUACGACACUCUCACUCUUGACUUUCUUGGCAGUCAUGGGGCCCCUUGUGCGGGUGUCAAGUUGGCAUGGAAAGCCCCCGUUGGUAGCAAACGCCGCUUUUGGGGGCAGGCGGGGCAUUGCUGCCUAAGACGGGCGGUGGCGGCAGGAUUUCGGUGUACCUGCUGUAAUGAACGGACAGUCCGGUGCUGUGCGCGUGUGUGUUAA